UCUGAUAAAGGCAAAAGGAUGGUGAUAAUGCUUGUCCAGGAGUACGAUGACAAAAUGCUUGCGCUCCUUAACGACUCUGCAUACAAGGUUCUACAAAACGAUCCCACUGCUAGUCUUCAGAAGAAAACCAACAACAUGGCAAAACGGCUGGCCGAUCUCAAGCUGAUUGACCGAUCCACGCUCGGCAGAUUGCAAACCCAAUCAGCAACCUGCCCUUGCAUAUAUGGACAACCGAAGGCGCAUAAACCGAACCUGCCGUUGCGUCCCGUUGUACCUAACAUCACGGCCCCCACGUACCAGUUGUCGAAAUUCAUCGCUCACAUUCUACAAACCACCUUCACCAGCCAGUACAACGUCAAGGACAGCUUUACAUUCGCCCAGGAGAUCAACGCAAUCACCAUACCGUCGGAGCAUGUCCUCGUCUCUUUUGACGUGGUCUCCCUAUUCACCAACAUUCCGAAGAACCUCAUCAUUCGCAGUAUCAUUUUUCGAUGGACAGAUAUCAAAAAGGGAACAGAUAUCAAUUUGGAUCUGUUUUUAGAAAUGAUUGAACUAUGUCUGGGCAACAGUUACUUCAAGUUCAGAGACAAAUACUACCAGCAGACGUUUGGAACUGUCAUGGGUAGUCCCCUGUCGCCGAUACUUGCAGACUACGUUAUGGAGGAUUUGCUCGGGACGGUCAUCAAUAGAAUAGGAUUCACCCCUCCGGUGAUAAAGAAGUACGUAGACGACCUGUUCCUCGUCCUACACGAAUCCCAGGUCGAGCACAUCCUGGGCAUCUUCAACCAAUACGACCCACACCUACAGUUUACCAUGGAAUUGGAGAAGGAAGGCGCACUCCCUUUCCUCGACACGCUAGUCAUCCACAACACCGACGAUCACACGCUCCAAACCAGGUGGUAUUCGAAGGCAAUAUCGUCUGGUCGCCUGCUGAACUACCAUUCAUACCAUCCAACAAACAUGAAGCUGAACGUAGCCACCAACUUCAUCAAACGUGUAACACAACUGACUACCAGCAUGCCCAUUGAACAGCAGAAACACAUCAUCUUCCAGAAUCUGCGGCAAAACAACUACCCAUCUUCCCUCAUCAACCGAUUGAUGAAUCGCACACGAAUUGCAGUAACACCAAGCACAGCUCACAGCUCAUUUCACGCCGAAGCAGAACCACAACAAUCCCCUCAGCCACCUGCCAACCACCACCCAACGCUCGAACCGCAACCACCGCCACCGCCUCCAAUUCCACCGCCACCAACCAACAUAAACACAUCAGAAGUUCCUCCAACCGAAGUCCAAGAAACCGCCGCAACAUACAAAUCGCUUCCAAACAUCCCAACACUAACACCGUCGAUCAUCGGAAUCCUGAAAAAAGAUUACUCGUUAGUUAAAAUCGCCACAAAAACAGAAAAGAGUGUCAAAACUCUUCUAAGACCAGUCAAAGACCCAGUCCCUCAGCUAGACCAAAAUAACAUUGUUUACAGCAUUCCCUGUACAAACUGCGAUAGGGUUUAUAUUGGCAUGACCACCAACCAGCUAAAAAAGCGAUUAAGUGGUCAUAGAUCCAAUAUAAACAAACUAACACAAACCAACAUUGAUGUAGAACAAGCAAAAACUGCAUUGAUCAAACACAUGAUUGAGGAGCAACACACUUUUAACUUGGAAGGCACGAAAAUAGUCGAUCGUACAUUCCGAUCCACAGCCUUACCAAUGUUAGAAAUGUGUCAUAUCCAGAACACACCACACACAGUAAAUUUCCGUACAGAUGUAGAUAGCUUGCACACUACUUACGCAGGGAUUCUACACACAGUGAAAAGCACACUUACUGGCCGAAAACAAUCCCGCCGUAAUACACAGCUUUUAGCAGUCGACACUACCAACCAUACCGAAUAG